UGGAAUACAUAAAUACAGAGAUGUUGAGGGUAAUUUAUACUUCUGACUUUGAGCACAGCUGUCAGCGUUUGCAUGAGAAAAUAAGGCAAACGUAAAAAUGUAAUUUCCUGGCGUGCUGCUUUUAUUUUGAAGGCCCGACUUUCCCGGCAACAGGAUGUGAAACGCCGGUGUUGCCGGGGAUGUUUCUCCCCCCCAUGAAAGUUCAAAUACGGGAGAAAAAACAAAUACAACGGGAAACGGGGGAGUUGUCUGGUGUGUCGUGUAGUAUGACAACAUUUAGGGGGCUCAUUAGACGCUUUCUUAUUAUUUUAGAGGUUGCCGUUGAAUUUCUGUUGUUGUUGUAGGGGAACUAUGAAGACUCUGAUGGUGCUGGAUUUCGACCACACCGUGGUCGAUGACAACAGCGACACGUGGGUGAUCAGAUGCCUUCCUGAUCAGACCUUGCCUGAGACCGUGAGGAACUCUUACAGGAAAGGCCACUGGACUGAAUUCAUGGGAAGAGUCAUGAACUACAUCGGAGAGCAGGAAGUGGGUCCUGACAGGAUCCGCAGCGUGAUGGAGAGCAUUCCCUUCACGGCGGGAAUGACGGACUUGCUGACGUUCAUAUCGGAGAACAAAAAUGCCAUCGACUGCAUCGUCAUCUCCGACGCCAACACCCUCUUCAUCGACUGGAUCCUCGGCGCCGCGGGCCUCCUGGCGGCGGUGGACCACGUGUUCACCAACCCGGCCAGGUUCAACGAGCGGGGCCGCAUGGAGGUGCGGCGCCACCACGCCCACGACUGCGGCCGCUGCCCCGACAACCUGUGCAAGCGACGGGUCCUGGAGGUCUACCUGGCCGAGCGCUCCGAGUACCGCUGCGUCUUCUACGUGGGGGACGGCGGCAACGACCUCUGCCCCGCUUCCUGCCUGAGGGGGCGUGACGCGGUGAUGCCAAGGAAGGGGUACGCCCUGGAGAAACUGCUGGCCAGGCUGGACGGGACAGACGAAAAGGACGCGCUGAAGGCUCGGGUCAUUUCCUGGAGCAGCGGCAUGGAAGUCCUGGAGGAGCUGAAAGCGGCUUUGAGGUCGUAACCCAUCCCCGCUCACUUUGGACCCCGCCUGUGGACAGAAUGCACUCCUGUUCAAAACGGCUGCCAAGUCAGGAUUCAUUGAGGCAGUAUUGGACAUUUUACUUGGAUUCAUUGAGGCAGUAUUGGACAUUUUAGUUUCACAUGUUUUAACUUGUGUGUCGUGAGACAUCCUGGAAUCAAGGCUGUGAGUCAGUGAACCGUGAGGGUGGGAUGUGUUGAAGCGCUGAGCUAACCAAGACAGCUAACAAAAUAAAAACUAGAACCUCCGCCAAACGCCAUACUUGCCCCCAUAUUGUGAUUUACACCAUAAAUAUUAGUCCUACAUUUGUUUUAUCUACAUAUUUACAUUCCUUGCCCAUAAAAAACACAACAUAGAAGGUUUUGAAUGAUUGAAAGAAUGCCAACAUUCUAACUUUAGCAUGAUAACACCUAGCAUAAUAGUGUCCGCUUAAGUUAAUAUUCAUAAAGAUCACAAAAAAUGCUAUUAUGCUAAUGUUAACAUGCUAGCACCUAGCAUGAUAGUGCUAAGUGUUCAUAUAAGUGCCUACCAUGAAAAUGGAUAAAAAUGCUACUAUGCUAAUAUUAGCAUGGUAGCAAUACUAGCAUGCUUAAAAAAAUUCCUGAAUCCAGAUGGUGAUCCGGAUCAGCCACAAAAUGUAAUCAGUUCUUCCAUAUCCCAUUUCCGACAAUUCCUUAAAGUUUUAUCCAAAUCCAUUCAGAGCUUUUCAAGUUAUUUUCAACACAAACAGACAAACAAAAACAUAACCUCUGUGCUGCGCUUACGAUCCUGCCCGACUACAAUUGUUUUUCUCCAGAAAUAUUAGCAAGUUAGCAAGCAAGGGUAUCAAUAAAACGGUGCAAAGUGUUGAUGCGCUAAUUUCACCAGCCCAUUCGCUCCAACCUAGCAGUCUUUUGUCACAUGAAUCAGGGGUGUCCAAACAGUGAAAAAUGAAAGGAUGCAACUUUGCCACGUGGAUAUUUUGUAACGAUGCAAAGAAGUUAUAUAUUUGACAAAAGGCUGCAUCUCAGCUUUGUGAUAUUGGUGAAAAAGGCCAUUAUUAAUAUCAACUUUGCUCCCCCCCCCCAGGAAGGGUGUUAAUUGUAAGCAGGCGAUAGUCGGCAGGAGACUGCUAUUUCUGUGAAAACUAACGCACACUGCACAACACAGGCUUGUCCCAAGCUAGCAUAGAAGAGGUUGAAGGGCACCUUGGCUGUGGCCUAGAAAGCACAUGAGUACGUUUUCCUACUUUAAGUCGGCGUGUUUGGCGUAGUUUGGUUGGGAGAUUUAGCAAAGGAUUUUGUGAAAGCGGCGCAGCUUAACACCUAGCCUGGCAUCGCAGCGCGGCGCCAGGCGGGCUUUUGUUGACUCCCUCAAAUCGCUCUUCUGUUCGCGGCUCUCGCCGCCGCGUUGAAGGAAGUUUGCGCGGCCAACGGCGAGGCUGCCCAGCUGGCGCGCACAGUCUGAACCUUAAACAGAAACAACUGGCGCCACUCCGCGGGGACUUUUGCUAAAUCGUCUGAAAUGUUUACCGCCGCGCCGCCUGGGCUCGUCUGUCGCUUCCAAAGUCUGCGGUGCCAAGUGUCACUUUUUGUGUUUUGUACUCGGGAGAGGAGGUCACACUUUAGUUCAGUACCAAGGGCACCACAUGUUUACAGUUACACAACUCAACAUGUCCGAAAAAUACAGUCGUCCCUCGCAAUAUGGCGGUUUGGCCCGUUCUCAAUCAAGAAAUCACUUAAAUAGGACCUGCCUGACAAAGUGAAGUAGAUCCUCAAAAGCCACACAUCACGCUGAGAUGUAAAGACAAUCAGGAACAAAUGGAAAAAUAAGAAAGUCAUUCAGAAAGUGUGCAAAAGGUUAUAGAGGCAUUUCUAAAGCUUUGGGACUCCAGCAAACCACAGUGAGAGCCAUUAUCCACAAAUGGGGAAAACAUGGAACAGUGGUGAACCUUCCCAAGAGUGGCCGGCCGACCGAAAUGACCCCAAGAGCACAGCGACAGACGACUCAUCCGAGAGGUCACUGGGAAAGAUACCGGGCAAAAAUGGCCUAAGGCCAAAACCACUGCUGAACAAAAAAAACGUCUUGAUGAUCCCAAAGACCUUUUGGGAAAAUACAAAAGUUUAACUUUUUGGAAGGUGUGUGUCCCAUUACAUCGUAACAACAGUAAAACGUGGUGGUGGUAGUGUGAUGGUCUUCAGGACAUUGCUAUUAUUAUCAUUAUUAGCAUUGUUACGCCCAAGAACUACGUUAGUGGCGUCGCGACACCUCGCCACACCACAGCAGCUAGCUACUAGCCUGCUAGCUUCACCACACGCUCGCUCACAACGCCUCAGGCCACCAGCCAAAGGUAACGCUACGUAUCGGAGCUGUGUUUGUGUGUUUGACGCGAGGUGUAGCGUUCCUUUCUAUGUUGCUGUGUGAAAUCACUGCGAAAUGAGCAACUGUGUGGUGAAAGUGCCUGCUGCUGCGUGCUCGCAGCAUGAAUGGAAAACAUUCAACCUUGUUGGACCACUUUUAUUUCUACAAUGUGCCAAUUGGCAUAUUUUUAGUGGCCCUUAAGGGGCCCCCAUGCCGCACUUUGGCCCCCCCACCCCCAACGUGGCACAGUCUGCUCCGUUACGCAGCUUGUCACGUGUGCUGCCAUCGCCUCGAAGCCCACAUUGUUGUUUAAAUGUUAAUUGCCGCGUUUGAGCGGGAAUAACGACCAAGAUGGCGAAUGCAAUUACUGUCAAAAAAACUUUCCUCCGACUUUGCCAGCGAGCUUGAACGCCCUCAUUUGAUCUCAUUGCGUGCCAAUUGAUUUUCAA